AUGCUUUCAGUGCUGCUCACGGUUCUUCUAAUGGCGACUCAGUCGUGUGCUUAUGUUCAGAUGUCAUGGCCCUAUCCCCUUCGAAGCCCGCGUGACCCUGCUGUCUUGGAAAAUCUGAAAGACUAUGACCUAUCUUCGCCCCUCAGGAACGAUGGCUCAAAUUUUGCCUGCAAAAGAUAUCAAUACAGCGAUACGAAUCCUCAAGCUGAUGAGAUCAAAGCAGUGUACGAUUCUGGGAGCGUGUACAAUAUCAGCCUCGUCGGCGGGUCCACAUACAGUGGCGGCUCGUGCCAGAUAUCCCUCUCUUACGACAAUGGUCAGACCUUCAAAGUCAUCCAGUCGAUCAUCGGAGGUUGCCCACUGACACCUAACUACAACUUCACUAUCCCAAGCUUCGCCCCCUCUUCUAACACCGUGCUACUCUCGUGGUCAUGGUUCAAUCUUCUCGGCGACCGCCGGAUGUAUCAAAAUUGUGCCCGCGUACAGAUCGCCGGAGCUGCUCCUUCGCAACGACACCGUCGUGGACCCGGCUCGUACAUGUCAAAGCGACAGUCAUCCAUGGACGAGCUUCCCGACAUGUUCACUUGCAACAUCGGCAAUGGCUGCAUGACUGUCGAGGGUCGUGAAGUUGUCUUUCCUGACCCUGGUCCUAACGUCGUGUACGGCCAAGAUGCUGUCGUGGUUGAUCCAGGUUCGGGUAUAUCAUUCGAGGGAGCCAGCACGACUCCAGCGUCAUCCUUGUCCCCAUCCACAACGACCACCAUGGAUACCACCACUUCUGAACUAGCCUCAUCCACUUCACUGUCGACAACUUCAGAUUUGGCUACUUCGACAACUGAACCCAUUGACACCACCUCGUCAUCCACAUCGACCACCAUCGAUACGACAACUUCCGAACUAGCCUCACCCACUUCACUGUCGACGACUUCAGAGUUCACCACUUCGACCACUGAACUCAACAACACCACCUCGUCAUCCACAUUUACGCCCCCUUUCCCCAUGCCUAAUGCUACGACUACUACAGGUGGCACGAUGAGUGGCACCUUGCCCUAUACCCCUUCUGCUUCUUCCGAAUCAUCUAGCGCGACCUACACGUUCACCUCGCUGGACUCGACCACUGAGACAUUCACACCGAUUCCCUCAUCCACAUCCUCAACUUCGACCGAUAUCCUUUCUGCCUCUAGCUCUGUUAGUGAUCUCACGACCACCUCUCUCACCGCGACUUCCACCUCCACUCUCACCACCUCCCCUCUCGCCUCCUCAACCGUCGACUCUUCCACCUCGUCGUCGUCGUCGUCCUCCUCCUCCUCCUCCACCACAAUCGUCGUAUCUUCCACCUCCACUCUCAUCACCUCCACCUCCUCCACAAUUGUUGCCUCCUCCACCUUCACCACAAUCGUUACCCCUUCACCUUCCACCCAAUCAAGUACUGCUUCCUCCUCCACCCCAACCGCCACGGCUUCCUCCCUACCCUUGCCCUGCCAACCGGGCACUUUCGCCUGCAACUCUCCCACGUCCUUCUCCCAAUGUGUGCCAGCCGCAGACGGCGGCACCACCUACACCUUCAUGGGCAGCGUCGCCGCCGGCACGACCUGCGUCAAUGGACAGAUCAUCCGAGAGAAUGCAGGGCCCUGUUCGCCCAACGGCCAGAUAUUCUGCAAUGGGGACAUGGCGUUCUUCAUGUGCGACCAAGGCGGGUUGGUGAGCAUGGGAUCGACGGCCGCGGGCACGGUUUGCCAGAAUGGAGUGAUCGUGGCCGCACGGUAG